GGGAUGUAUUGAGGAGGAGAAAGUGCCCGCGAGGAAGAUGUCGAUGUCCCGGGAGCCGCAGGCAGACAAGGAGCUGAGCACGGACAGCAGGGAGGACAAAUCCCCGCGGCACAGCCUCGGGCAAGAGGCCGUUUGCAGCGGCUCCACGGCGCAGGAAUGCAACGGGGAGGAAAAGCCCCGCAGAUCCCGCAGCAGGAGGGGCUGCAAACGCACAGCCCGAGGAUCACAGCAGGAAAGAGCUAGCCCGGGCCGGGGAGGCGGCCGGAGCUCGGAGCUGGGGCUGCGUGAGCAGCUUCACCAUGGGAAGAAGCCCCACAAGUGCUCAGAAUGUGAGAAGAUAUUCAGGUGGAAAGCAGAGCUGAUCAGACACCAGAGAAUCCACACAGGGGAACGGCCCUACGAGUGUGGGGAAUGUGGGAAGAGAUUCAGCCAGACCUCAAGCCGGACUGUGCACCAGAGGAUCCACACUGGAGAGAGGCCCUACGAGUGUGAUCAAUGCAGGAAGAGGUUUCAGACCGGCUUCAAGCUCCGCCAGCACUAUCGCACUCACACGGAUGAGAGGCCUUAUGAGUGUCCUGACUGUGGGCUGGGCUUCAAGCAGAGCUCUGCUCUCAUCACCCACUGGCGCAUCCACACUGGGGAGAGGCCCUACGAGUGUGAUAAAUGCAGGAAGGGGUUUCUGACCAGCUCUGAUCUCCGCAGGCACUAUCGCAGUCACAGGGAUGAGAAGCCGUUCUGCUGCUCCGACUGUGGGAAGGGCUUCAAGUCCAACUCUGCCCUCAACAACCACCGGCUCAUCCACACUGGGGAGAGACCCUACGAGUGUGAUAAAUGCAGGAAGGGGUUUCCGAACAGCUCUCGUCUCGUCAGGCACUAUCGCAUUCAUACAGAUGAGAGGCCGUUCAGCUGCUCCGACUGCGGGAGGUGCUUCAGGGAAAGGUCACACCUCGUCACCCAACAGCGCAUCCACACCGCAGAGAGACCCUACGAGUGUCCCGAGUGUGGGAAGUGCUUCUCACAGAGCUCUCACUUGACCAGACACCAACAGAGUCUCCACUGAGAGAAGCCCUGCGAGUGCCCCGAGUGCGGGAAGAGCUUCUUGCGCUGCUCCAGCUCCAUCCCCCAGGGCAGGAUCCGCGCUGGAUGAUCCCCAGUGACCCCCGGUGGGCAGAGCCCCGCUGAGCCUUGGUGCCCCUGAUCCGUGUUGGGAAGACACCUGGCUGGGGGCUCCACAUCCUCCUGGCUCCCAUCCCAGUCCAAUUCCCAUUCCUGCUCUCCUUCCCUCUCCCUGUCCCGUAUUCUCUGCCCGGUUGUUGUUCCCAUAUUGCCAUUCCCAUAUUCCCUGUGUGUUGAGAAGGAUAAGGAUUUUACAGGAAGCUCUCACAGAUAUGUAUGUACAACAUUUCCAUUUCUAUAUUUCCAGUGCAGUUCCCAUAUUCCUAUUCCCAUUCCCAUAUUCCAAUUUCCAGUCCCUGUCCCAUCUUCUAAAUCCCUAUCACAUAUUCUCUAUCCACUUGCUAUUUCCGUAUUCUGUGUCCCGUUCCUAUAUUCCGAUUCACGGUUCCUCUUUUCAUUCCCAUUACCAUGUCCCUGUACCCAUUCCUGGAUAUUGGAGUGUGGAACACAGAAGCCUCUCUGAGUCCCUCUGAGAGAGAACAGACUGCAAGAAUUAAAUUAAAAACCUUUUGAGAAAUUAAACUACAUUAUGUCACACAGACAUGCAAUACAGGUCUGUGCUUUUGUUUUAAUUAAGUAGAAAUACUAGUUUGCAUAGAUAUGAAGUAAAAGUAUAAAUCUUAGUUUGAAGUAAGUAACAAUAUGAUUGAAGUGCCUUAAAAGUAAAAGCCUUAGAAUCUGGUGUCAAAAAUAACCUGCAGUGAAACUCAAAACCACAGCUCUAGAGAAAAUAAAAAUAUGUUAAGAACUUUUCCAAUAUUCUUCAGACAGAACAGACAGGCCAUGUGCACAACUUAGACGUAAACUUCUGUAUUACAGAACAAUUCUAAUAGAUUUAGGAGAAAUGCUUCAGGAUCCUGUUUUUUGAUCAUUGUGAAUUUUGUCAAUAAAAAUCCGUGUCUUGGA